AAGUCUGAUGGCCUGGGGGAAAAAACUGUUCCUCAGUCUGCUGACCAGACUCAGAAAAGUUUUUUUUUUUUUUUUUUUACCUCUUAUUAAUCUGCCAUGACCUCCAUCCAGGUCACGUGGCACCCGCAUGCUUCUUAUUGCAUUAAUGUUUUUUUUAUUUGCAUAAUAACACUCCCUCCUUUUGUGUCUGAGCAUGGUGGUCAUCAUCCCUGACAGACAGCACCCUUCACUUCAGCUUUUUUUAUUAUAGGGGGGGCAAGCUGUGACGUCAGCACCGCCCGCCCGCCCGCUGGACGCACGCACUAAUAGUGCAGCAGCAGCAGCACACACACACACACACACACACACGCACACACACACACUGACUAUUAAUAUUGUCCUGAUGAAAUCCUCAGUCUCAGUCUGAAUGCAUUGUGUGCAAGACGCGAGGAUCAACACAGAGACGCAGAUUCCGCGACAGACGCUGCCGCACUUUCCCAAAUUGAAAUCCGCGUCAGGAGGAGAGAGACGUGGGGAGAGAGAUAGAGAGAGAGAGAGAGAGAGAGAGAGAGGAGGAGGAGGGAGACUGCAGAACAUACAGGCUCUGGAUGAAUAACCAUGGCAACAGCAGCAGCAGCAGGAGAAGCGGUGAUAUAAACAUUGCAAACCGCGCAUCCCUCCGCAAACAGAGGUUUAACUCAGCAGAGAGGCUGUCCAGACCUGAACACCUCUGCGGAUAUUAACGCUGCUUCAUCACCGCUAAGGUGAUGAGUGGGAUUAUAUCAUGUCUGAAGUACAGGGAACACUGGAGUUUUCUGUAGAGUUGCACAAGUUUCACAAUGUGGAUCUCUUUCAAAGAGGGUUCUACCAGGUACGAGCAGGGCUGAAGGUCUCACCUCGAGUGCCCCACAGGUUGAUAGCGACGACACAAGACAACACAGGAGAAUGCAGCUUCAGCACUGCAGGGGUUUACGACGGCGCCGUGUUCAGCCGAAUAUUUCAGAUCCUUUACAGGAACGAAGAGAUUACGGUGAACGACUGCAUGAUCUUCAAAGUCCACCUGCUAUUGGACGGAGAACGGGUGGAGGAAGCCCUGAGUGAGGUGGACUUUCAGUUGAAGCUGGAUCUUCAUUUCACCGACAAUGAGCAACAGCUGGCAGAGAUAGCGACCGUCCCGUUAAUCAGCAGUCGGACCCUCAGCCUCCACUUCCACCCGCGGAGAGGCCUCCACCACCACGUCCCCGUCAUGUUCGACUACUUCCAUCUGUCCGUCAUCUCUGUCUCCAUACAUGCUUCACUGGUUGCCUUACAUCAGCCGCUAAUCAGCUUUGCACGUACAGGGAAGGGCUCCUGGCUAGGGAAGGGCUCGCCAGAGAGCCCGAGUGACCCAUCUGCCAUGUCUGUAGAGAACCUCGUGUUCGGAGCUGGCUACUGCAAACCUGUCAUCUCUGAGGGAAGCUUUUAUGUGCCCAGUGAGAACUGCCUGCAGAGAGCUCACACGUGGCACCGAAGGCUCUGUCGCCUCCUGCUGGUGGCACACAGGGGUCUGCACACCUACCACUCGGCACUGAUGAAGGAAAUCCCACAGCUCCAGCAGACUCCACUCGACUCAGAGGUGCUGCCUGUAGAAGAAACUCUAAAUCAGCUCACAAUAGAGUUACAGCUGCAGGAAGGCCAUGAGAGGGUAGCGGAGCAGAUCAGCAGGGACGUGAGCCAGCUCUGCUCCCAGCUGGCCGCUCUGUGGAGCCGCUUCCUGGAGGCCGCCGUGCUCAACCCCCACAUCCUCUCCUAUCUGGCCCAGGAGCACCACACGCUCCGGGUCAGGAGGUUCUCAGAGGCGUACUUCUUCACCGAACACCCCAAAGAGAUAUCUCUGACUUUUCAAGAAGAACUAAUCAACAGACAUGGCCAGAUAGCUGCAGAAGUGCGGAGCUCGGACUACCUGACCAAGAUGCCUCCUUUACCUGUUGAGUGCCUGGACAUCGACGGAGACUGGAACAGCCUACCUAUCAUCUUUGAGGACAGAUAUGUGGAGUCUCCUCAAACAGAGUGGGUAUCACAUGUGCCAACGACCAACUCUGAUCCCGCCAUCACUCAUGCCAACGGGAUUUCUGAAAGCGGCCAGGGAGCCAGAUCACCAGCAAUACCCCAGGAUCCCUCGGACAGUGACGAUUGCAUGGACUUGCCCACAUAUGUCUCACUCAUGGCAGAGCAAAGUAAGACCAGCAUCAACAUCAGAAGUACCCAGAACCUCAUUCGUAGCGAGGACAGUGCUGAACCCUCUCUAGCAGAGGCAGAACACUUGAAGGAACCAGAGGAGGUUAAGGAGAACUGUAAUCCAGACCUGAGGUGCAUCGCAGAUACGCCUUGUGAUGUGGAUCCAAAUAGAGGAGAAGCAGUCCCGGCUCUCUCCUCGAACCACAAUGACUCUAAUAGCAGUGAUGAGUGUCCUGCUCAUCAUGUAACAGAAAAUACCGUCCCACUUUGUGAUGCUACAAAUGACAGCAACGCAACAGAGAGUGAAAACAAUGAAGAGGAGUCUGACAUCGCCAUGCCAUUAAAUCACUCCAUGGAUGAUGAGAGUGAGGAUGUUCCUCUCACCAGCCUACCCGCUACCUAUGCGCAGCCAGCUAUACCUCCCUUUCCCGGCGAUCUCAGAAAAGAGAUGACUCACCGCGGAGGCCUGGCCGGCUCCAAGAUCAUGAAGCGCUCGUCCUCGGUUAUUUCGGACUCAGGUAUCGAGAGUGAGCCCAGCUCGGUGGCCUGGCCCUUGGAGGCCGCACUGCGAGGCCGACCUCCACUAGACUUCUCCAGCGAACGGGAGAUCCCGCAGCAGAUAGUGUGUCGCCACCCGGUCCACCGCAGCUCUCUGGAAGGCCUGCAGAUGGAGAGCAACGGCAGCCUCCCGAGUGUAGGUAUACAGGCCUCGCUCACCUCUAUUAGCUCGCUGCCCUACGAGGAGGACCAGCAUCAGAGGCAGCUCAGCAAACUAACCAAGUCGGUCUCUGCGCCGCAGAUAAGCAGUCCCGAAGACACUGAGGAGGACCACGUUCUGCUCAACCAGGAAACAGAUAAGAGCUUAGCGCAACACAAGGAUUCUUUGAAGAUCAACUGCUCUUCUUUGAACAGCAAUCUGGAUUCGGAGCAAUCUCUAUUAGACCCGAGUUCAACGACAAAUCUUGGCCAAAUCCUCAAGGAGAAUAUCAGCUCUGAAAAGUCAAACCUGUUAGAGACAUACAGAACCAAAUCUGUGUUAAGUGGUGUGUCUGAAGUGCUGCUUUUACAAGAGUCUGCAGGGAGCCCUCAUGUGAAGGAAAGCGCUAUUAUUGGCAGCCAGGGGGAGAAUAUAAACCAUCAAACACACAUCAGCGGAGUAAGCGCCUCAGAGGAGGAUGUGCAUCUCGUUGAAGCAGUGCCCUGCAGCUGUGGAAACGAACCAUGUGUGCAUAAAAGUGCAGCAGCUCAGGAGAGAAUUAACUCUGGAGAUGAGUGCCAAAGUUUCCAUCAGACUGAACUGCUUAGCGUUGAGGAUCAGGAGUGUCUGGAUCCCUCCCGAUCACCCCAACACACCAUUGACCUCCCCAGCAGUACCACCACCACACAGAGGCCGAGUGACCUCACGGGGCUGAUAGCCAAUGAUAUUGCAUCACCUCUCAACCUCAAUGGGAUGUCGGCCGGUGAGAAAGAUCCUUUAGACUGCCAGACUAAGCCCGCUAAGAUCCCCAACUCGGGGCUGGCCUUCGUGAAUAAGAAGAUGGUGGAGGUGGUGAACAUGUCGGUGUCCUGUGCGCCGACCUGCCUGCCAUUUUCCUCUGCUCUGAGAGACUCUCCGUCUAUCAGUGGGAUGUCCGCUCGCCAGGCUACCUCACCUAUCACCCAUCAGCCCCUGGGCUCCUUUGGUAUCAUCUCCUCGUCAUCGCUCAAUCCCCUGAAUAUGGAUGACGAGACCAACGAACGAAUGCUAAAUUUCUACAAAGCAAAAGAGGAGCUGCUCAAAGAGUUGAGCUUUCAGGCCAGCUUGUACAGUGACCUUCCUCUUCUGGCGUCAGAUCUGCCCUACUUCCCCCCGGAGGAGGACGAUGAGGAGUUUGAUGACGGCAUACACCUUGUGGUGUGUGUCCACGGGCUUGAUGGAAACAGCGCAGACCUUCGGCUGGUGAAGACUUUUAUUGAGUUGGGACUGCCAGGAUCCAGGCUGGACUUCCUCAUGUCUGAAAGGAACCAGACUGACACGUUUGCAGAUUUCGACACCAUGACGGACAGGUUGCUGGAUGAGAUUAUUCAGCAUGUCCAGCUGUACAAUCUCACCAUAGGAAGGAUAAGCUUCAUCGGCCACUCCCUGGGGAACAUCAUCAUCCGCUCGGUGCUGACGAGGCCUCGCUUCCGCUGCUAUUUGCCCAAACUGCACACUUUCCUCUCACUGUCAGGCCCACACUUGGGAACGCUGUACAACAACAGCACAUUGGUCAGCACAGGUCUGUGGUUAAUGCAGAAGCUGAAGAAAUCAGGAUCCUUGCUGCAGCUCACCUUCAGAGAUCACGUUGAUCCGCGGAAAACAUUCCUCUAUCUCCUGAGUCAGAAACCAGGGCUCCAGUUUUUCAAGAACGUGGUGUUGGUGGCGUCUCCACAGGACCGUUAUGUUCCUUUCCACUCUGCCAGAAUAGAGAUGUGCAAGACUGCUCUUAAAGACAGAACCACAGGGCCCGUGUACACGGAGAUGAUCAACAACGUCCUGCAGCCACUUGUGGAGGCUAAAGAGUGUCGGCUGAUCCGCCAGAAUGUGUUCCAUGCUCUGCCCAACACGGCCAACACCCUGAUCGGACGCGCCGCCCACAUCGCUGUCCUGGACUCUGAGCUUUUCCUGGAGAAGUUCUUCUUAGUGGCAGGGCUCAACUACUUCAAGUAAAGGUGCUAGUACUGUAUGCUUACAGGACAGAACCCAUUGGUGGCUGAUGGAGCUGAUUUGGAGGACAAGGUCCUACCUUCACUUUGUACAGUAUAUUCAGUGUAUAUAAUCCCUGGCAAGGCCUGUAUAUCCCAUUUGUUAGGAUGGUUAGCAGCUGUUAUAAAAAGAUCAGUGUAUUGUGACUGUUGAAAAUGCGAACUCAGAAGUCUGAGUUUGACGUGUAGCCAUGCAAAACAAAACAUCUGACAUCCAUCGCAGGAUUGAUUGUGGAUGUUUUAUGGCCUUAUUAAUAACCGGAGUCAGCCAGAACACUAACGGAUGUUACUUGUGGUCGAGAGCAUUUAACUACUUUCCCUUUAGAGUUGGUUUUAAAGCCUUCAGUGUGGCUGGAUGAAUGAAUUCUUCUUUAAGGGUUACACCGACGAUAGUCCUAAACUAUCCUUAGAACCGAGGCAAUAGACGGGCAGCAUUUAUCCCCAUGAUUGUACAUGAAGUAUUUUGUUGUACAAAUAUGUUCCUUUAUACAGAAAUGAAUAUAUUGUUUAAAAUUAUUUAUUUUUUAUCUGCUUAUGUAUCUACAGUGUAAGUAGUCCAUCUAAAUGUGAUCUUUUGUGUGUUGUUAUCAUGAAAGUAUAGAAUGGAGGAGGAAGAUAGUGGAUAUCUGCUUUUACUUGUGUUUAACUGUACAUCAGUUCAAUCUGACUCAUUGACCCUGAUUAGUAUUACUAGAAGGCUUCAGCACUAGUGAGAAUUAUAGUGUCUGUGCUACCAGAUGGCUCUAACUGCUGAUUUAGCCUUCGCUAUUUAAUUGAUUGUUUGCACUGAUUGAUUGACUAAAUUUAUGAACUGAUCAUUUGCCAAGCCCCGCCCUCCUUAGUUACUGUUGCUAUGCAUGUCAAGUUUUCCAGACCCACACCGCACAUAAUUAUACAGUUCACGGUGAUAACUGUGGCAGAUUACCACCACAAUUUUUAGUAAUUUUUGAAACAAUGAGUCCUUGAUUUCAGACAGAGGUAGACAAAGGCAAGCUCCAUAUUUCUUUCAAUUUCACUAUCUUAAAUAACAACCGUCGCUGGUAGUUGAGAGAGUUGGUUGAAAAAAGUUUCUCUCAGGCUGACUACACCACAGAAAAAAACAGCCCGGUCUCACCAAAUGGUGCAUGAAUGAAAUGGUAUCUUUUUUAAGUCACUUUGCGUGCAAUAACAACACCUUUGUUGCUUUAUCAUGACACGUGGAAAAUGUCAAGCUAUUUAUACGCCUUCUCACAAGAUCGGGUUGAGAAAAAAAUCGGAUCAGACUGUUAUGUUCUAAUACGAAAAUAUCCCUGUUUCGGUGCUUAGCUUAGAUACGUGUUUAUUUUCAAGCAGUAUGUUUUCACUUUAACGUUAAAAACAAAAAGGCUUGUAGGAUGAGGACUGACUUUUGCAAAUGUACAGUAUCGGCUGACGGUGCUUGGGUUGCUGGAGUGUAAUCUUUCUCCAAUAAAGAGCAGGACAGAGCUGCUAAAGUUAGGCUAUAAACUCUGAUAGCAUCCUGGCCAUCACAUAGAAGAGAUAUAGGCUACUACACAGUGAAUGUGAUAGUCCUGAGUGGGGCUUUUUAUAACAGCCUGUAACCCAGAAACUAAUGCAGCCUAGUUAAGCUCCUUUUUGAAGAACUAGUUGUGUUUUGACCACAGUUCCGGGGACAUUGUACCCCCAAAAAGGCCCUGGUCGAGGGGUAGUACUCUGAAAGUAUAGGCACUUUUGGGGGCAGGGUUUGCAGGGAUGACCAUCGCUGAUUGGUUAACAAUGUGCUCCUUGACCUCGGAGUAAUGCUCAGUUACUACUGUAGGAGGAAAGCUAUUUAGCCAGAUAUGCUAAAGUUUGCAGCUCACGGUAAAUCUCUCUCAUAUAGUCCCAUGCACACCGCUUCAACAUGUGUAGAAAUCCAUAACUUGACAGGCCUGUCAUGCAUAGUUACGGUUGCUAAGCUACGAUUGGACAAUUGUUGUUCAGGGGCGGGGUUUAGCAAACGGUCAAUUCUUUUGUUAAACUAUCCAACAGUAUCCAAGCAAAUCUACCACUAUAACACAAUUAAGAUGCAUGACUUAUUACCAUUUUGUUCUUUAAAUCAUGUGACAGGGAGACAGAAAACAGGCUUACCGAUACGAUUAAGAGCAAAUCUACUAAUGUGAAAGAAACUCAUUAUCCAUGACUAUAGAGUACAAUCUUAUGGUUUAAUCUUUCAUCACUUUCUUAAUGAACCAUUUUAAAUUAAAAUUGUCGACACGAGGAUGGAUUUCAUAAGGCGCUCAUUAUAUUUUUAAAUGGCUUAAAUCAGGGUGUCAUUGCUUUUGUUUUCCGGAUGAUUUUUUGCGUAAAACGGACCCCACUGCCAAGAUUCUCCCUCAUGCCCUGUCAUCUUCUAUAACCCAACUUCAAAAUGAUGCAUGAUGAUAGCAGGGAAGCGCCGUCGUAGCAGACGCUGUUUCGUGUUUCCCGAAACAUAUACGAUGCCAUAUCUUGAUCAUCUCAUCAGCUAAAUCAAACAAAAUGUUGUGUGAUUAUUUUUUUCUCCUCGUCCUUCGCUGUCACAUCGAAGCGUGACAUGAGAGAUGUCGUUUUUCCAGCGUACUGGGCGAGGAGCGUUUCCCUCAUCACUGAGCUGUCCAUCAAAUGAUGUUUACAUUUUGACAUUAGAGAACUGUUAUCAUAGUGUCGCCGCAGACGUCUCAUAUCCAGCGAUGGUUGCUGCAUAUUAUGUACAUACAGAGAGCUAUAUUUAACCUUUGCGCUGGUUUGAUGGCAAGUGCACUUUACUGACAACCUUGAAUCAACCUCCACUAGCUUUACAAAAUCCAAACAGCUUUUUUCUUGUGUUUUUUUGGGGGUUUAAACAUGCACUGAUUCUUUAGAUUUGAAGGUCGCACCCUGCUCUAGUCACCACGGCUGUCCGUCUCGGCCAUUGAAGCAUUGUACCGUCUUCAAAGAGUACAAAAGAUGACAUCGCAAAGUGCUCUUUUCUGUUCCGGAGGCCGCUGCACAGUAAGCAGUGUGCCACCGUGAUUGACUCUAAUCAAAUGGGCUCCUUCAGGACACAGAGAUCGUUCUCAAAAAAGCCACUAAGCAAAGCUGCGUAAGCAAUCUGUGGGAGCCGCCAUGCAUCAUGCAUCUUUUCUCAACCUCCUCGACGACGCAAACACAUAUAUUGUAUAUGGAUGAGGCUUCAGCUUGUUUGCCUUUAGGGCCGUGCGUGUUUACCCAAAGGGGUCAGCGGGAAUCGAUGGAGGGAAAAAGUGUUUGUGGUAUUGAGAUUGGCCCCUUCAAGGGCACAUAUACAGGUUUGAAAUUGUUUCACGAGAUAGAUGGCUGUGUGUACAAGGUUUCACUCGAAGGCACGGUGUUAGAUCAGAAAGAUAUAUUUCGCCUGAACUCCAUUCUGCAGAGAGAAAACAUAUUUUUUUGUUUUGUAUGACUAAAUAUGUCUCCGAGAGCGUUAACUGUACAUUUAUGCUGCUGUCACGGCUGAGAGUGAAUUCAGAGGUGAUCCAUAAAUCCUAUAGAUCCUUGCAAGUGCUGUCAACCUUCAAAACUAGCUGACUUGAACCUUUUUUGUAUUUGAUUGCCCUUUACUGAGAGUCUUGUUCAUGUGUGUGUGUGUGUGGAGGGUGUGUUAUGUGUGUGUGAAAGGAGACGUGCUAUCAUCGUCUGCUCGUCGCCGGAUCAUCCUUCAUGUGUUUGAAUUGAAUGUAAAAAAAAAAAGUUUGACUUCACUGUGAGGAACAUGUCUUUAUUUCAUUCUGCACUUCUUUUUUGCUGAAUGUAUAACAUGUAAAGUACAGUAAAUACUACUUCAUCUGUGCCAAUACUACUCUAAUAUUUUUCUAUGUCGCUGACUGUACUGUAUGUAUUCCUUAGUAGCUUGUGUUCUAUGUAAAAAUAUAAAUACAAAAAUAUAUAUACAGUAUAUAUAGCAUAGUAUUAUUGUAAAGAGAUAUGAUGUUACAAUAAAAAAUGUUCCUUUUGCAUAAUUA